GAUUAAAGUUUCCAUUCUAUGAAUAAAAAAGGCAGAUUUAUGAAAUUCAAGUCAGAAUUUUGAGAUUAAAGUUAGAAUUCUCAGAUUAAAUAACUAAAUCUGAGAUUAAACUCAAAAUGCUGAGGUAAAAAUUAGAAUUCUAAAAUUAAAAUCUGAAUUCUUAGAAUAAAAUCAUAAUUUUGAGAUUAAAAUCAUAGCUCUGAGAUUAAAGUCAGAAUUCCAAAAAAAAAAAAUCAGAAUUCUGAAAUUCAAGUCAGAGUCCUGGAAUAAAAGUUAGAGUUCUUUUUAGCCUUUCAUUUCAUUUUUUUUAUAAGGACUUGAUUCUAAUAGAAGAGACUUGAAGCGUUUUCUUAAAAAAAAAAAAAGUCAAUAAAUAAAGAUUUUUCUUAGAUUGAAAUGACUCGCUGCCCUCGCGCUUUUAUUCUGAAGGCCACCUUCCGCUGGAGUUCCGGUUUGGCGCGUGAGUGCCGCAGAAGCGGAGCUGCAACUGGGAGCAUACGGAGAGAAAGGUGGAGGAGAAGCUAGAGAAAGAGGCAGAUUGAGGAGUUAGGAGACAGAGAGGAGAGAGGAGGAGGUGGAGGACAGCUGUGGAGCGUCCAGCCCGCCUGGAGAAUCCAACAACAACGCGAGCCGGAGGUCCUCGGCGAGCGGGCGCGUGCAUCCCAGCGCGUGCAUCCCUGCUAUCAGCGACGGAGGCAAAGGUUGCAGACACAGGAAAACAAACCGCGGCGUUCGCUCGGGCUGCAGCCGCGUGCAGGGCGGCGCGUGCGCACGGAUCCGUGUCAGACGGACAGCAGGCCGCCUCCCAACAACAUGACCACCCUGCGACACAGGAGGGCCAGCAGAGGGAAGGAGCCAGCUGCUGCUGAAGUGCAGCCGCAGCAGCACUCCAACUGUUGCACCCACCACCACCACCCGGACGGCAGCCUGCAGGGUGAUUGGUCGUGGGGUUCGAUAAUCUGGACGUCCGUUGGCUUGUCGGUUUCGGUUGGACUGGGUCUGCUGUGCUGCAUCUACGUGGCUACGCUGCACGAGAACGACCUGUGGUUCUCCAACAUCAAGGAAGUGGAGCGGGAAAUCUCCUUCCGGACCGAAUGUGGACUGUACUAUUCCUACUACAAGCAGAUGUUGCAGGCGCCGUCCGUCCAGGAGGGUCUGUUAGAAUUGAUCCACGACAACCUGACAGAAUCCAGGAGGACGAUCAACCUCCUGCAGCGGAUGAACAUCUACCAGGAGGUGUUCCUCAGCGUCCUCUACAGAUCGCUGCCCAUAAAGACUUACCUGGAGCCGGUGUAUUUCUACAUCUACACGGUCUUCUCGCUCCAGGCUGUGUACGUCAUCGCUCUGUACCUCACGGCGUGGCUCCUGUCUGGAUCCUGGCUGGCUGGGGCCCUCGCCGGAGUUUGGUACAUUCUCAACAGGGUGGACACCACCCGGGUGGAGUUCACCAUCUCCCUGCGGGAGAACUGGUCUUUGCCCUUCUUAGCUCUGCAGGUCGCUGCGAUCACUUGUUACCUCAGACCUCAGCUCACCUCCUUACAGCAGAAGGUGAUGGUCUGGCUGAUGUUCGUCACGACGUUCUGCUUCUGUCUGACCUGGCAGUUUAACCAGUUCAUCCUGCUGGUCCAGGCUCUCAUCAUCUACAGUCUGGACUGUGUGGACCUCCUGACCACGUCUCAGGUCACCACCCUCUACCUGGUUCAGGUGAGCGGCCUGCUGAGCGUCUGGCUUCUCCAGUUCUGUAACUCCAUGAUCCUGGGCUCUCUGGUCCUGAGCUUCAUCGUGGCGGCGCUCUUUGUCAGACAUUGCCAGGCUGAUCUGAAAGUAGGAGGUCUGCUGGUUCGUCUGAGCAAAAUUCUGCUCCACAGUGUUUUGGUUUUCCUUCUGACCUUCAUCAUCAACUACCUGACGAAGAAAGCGCUCCAGGUCAGAUCAGACGAACACAUCUUCAAAUUCAUCAAGUCAAAGUUUGCCUUCAGGCCGACAAGGGAUUUUGAUGCCAGUCUUUAUCUGUGCGAGGAGGCGUUUGGCCUGCUCCCCCUGGACACUCUGGAGCGCCUGGCCGACACCCUGCUGUUGUACCCCUACAUCCCCACACUGCUGCUGCUCAGUGGCACGCUGGCAAUAGCAGCUUUGAAGAACCUGAGCAGGUCCGAGGGAGGUUCUGAGGAGAAGGACGGAGCGGCGGAGGCUUUCCGUCCAGAUGUGGCCUAUAAUCUGUUGCACACGCUGCUCUACGGCCUCGUGGCUUUCAGCACCAUGAGAAUGAAGUACAUAUGGACGGGCCACAUGUGUGCGGUCGCAGCUCACGGCGUGUGCAGCGCCGAGCUCUGGACUCUGCUUCUGCGCGCCCUCCGCUGCAACUCCAGGAUCCUGCUGAGGAUUGUCCGGUACGCCGUCCCCCUGCUCGUGAUUGGUUUCCUGUAUUUCAAGUUCUGGCCCAAACUGAUGAAUGAGCUGUCGGAGCUCCGGGAGUUCUACGACCCGGACACGGUGGAGCUCAUGACCUGGAUUAGCACAAAGACCCCCAAGCAGGCGGUGUUUGCAGGGAGCAUGCAGCUUCUGGCCGGCAUCAAGCUGUGCACAGGCAGGGUCCUCACCAACCACCCGCAUUACGAAGACAAGGACCUCCGGGACCGAACCAGACAGGUGUACCAGGUGUACGCUCGGCGGUCUCCGGAGGACGUGCACGAGAUCCUGAGGGCGGCGGGGGCCGACUACGUGGUGCUGGAGAACAGCAUCUGCUACGAGCGGAGGCACAGGCGCGGCUGCAGGCUGCGGGACCUGCUCGACCUCGCCAACGGACACAUCAUGGACGGGCCCGGAGAGAACGACCCGGACCUCGCCCCCGCCCAGCACCCCCGUUUCUGUGAGGCCGUCCAAACAGACGGCGCCGCUUACGCCGCGCUGUUCACCAGAACCUUCCAGAACAAAACCUUCCACGUGUACCGGCUCAAGAAGAAGCGCCGGAAAACUCCCAGAAGUCUGUCGGAGUCCGCCGCGGCGCCGUAGCCCUUCUGCCCCACCCACUUUUAUAUGACUGUGAGCUCUGCUGUCGGAGGAGCCGGACCUUCGGGUGGGGGUGGGGUGGGGGAGGGGGGGGUCUGUGUCAACACAAAACUGAUCCAUCAGAUGUGGAGUGUAGAUGUUUGGGAUUACUUUUCAUUUUUAGUUACUGAGGUAAUAGAUUCCAUUCAUAUGUAGAUGUUUAGUUGGUGUUAAAAUGCAGGUAGAACCUUCAGGGAGAACUUUACAUUUCCACCUUAAGAGGCCACACGAGGCUCUGCGGGACAGAAAAUGUUCUCAACGGUUGAACUCAAGUCGUUUUCAAGAAAAAUGCCACAAAAGUGUGAAGUUCAGUCCAGUGUUUUAAACGCUACAUAACGGCUUUCAGAUUUCAGAGGGCUGACGGGUCACGGGAUCUGUGUCGAGGUCAAGGCGUGACAUCCUCUCCUCGGCGCGGCGGCGCUCUGCUCUGAUUGGAUUGAACUUCCUAUCAAACGCAGUUCUGCAGCGACUCAGAGGUCAGAGCGGCUCGCUGUGAAGUCUGUGUUUUAUCUUCACCGCCGGCGUGUCGCUCAGCGCCGACUCAGCUCCACCUUUGCUCUCCUCACAACGACGCUCAUGAAUGAUGGAAGGAGCUAGAACACAGUAGCGGCCCGACAACAACAGCUCUGAGUCUACGCUCAAAUAUCUCAAAGGGGACGGUCGCGUAUCCAACCCAGACUUUCUGUAAGAAAAGCAGAAGAUAAGCAGAGAAAAGACAAGUAACGACUCAUGAAAUCUGCUGACUUUAUAUGAGAACUGACACAAACAGGAAGUGAUUCUGAAUGAUCAUGACCAAUCACCUUCCUGACGUCGUCUGGCUCCAACAAAUUAAAACUGAAUUAGCUUCAUUGGUUGGAGCUGAAGAUAAACUAUUUUCAAGAGACAGCAGGCGCUGAGAACAGCUCUGACAUAUUUCCUGUGGCUCGCAUGACUCACGUCCGGUGAGCCUCCACCAAAUCUCGUGGGUCGUGACUCAAAUCUUGUGGGUCGCGAUUCAAAUCUUGUGGGUCGCGAUUCAAAUCUCGUGGGUCGCGAUUCAAAUCUCGUGGGUCGCGAUUCAGAUCUCGUGGGUCGCGAAUCAAAUGUCAUGGCUUGCAAUUCAAAUUUCGUGGGUCGCGACUCAAAUCUCGUGGGUUGCGAUUUAGAUCUUGUGGGUCGUGAUUUAGAUCUCGUGGGUCGUGAUGUAGAUCUCGUGGGUCGCGACAGGAGUUUCAAAGAAACACAAGAAAGUUGUUUUUCUCAUGAUUGUGCAGAAGAGACUUGAUUAGGAAGGAAAAGUUUUAUUCGGCAAAAGCAGAACUAUUCCGAGAUGUAGUGUCACUGGCAGAGUAACGUCUUUACACAUGAAAUUUAGUCAUAUUUAACAUUUUAAUUGAGAAGAUGACCGAGGAUCGCCAAUGACCGAAAUCACGACCCACGAGAUUUGGUUGCGAUCCACAAGAUUUGAGUCAGGUGAGCCACAGGAAAUAAGUUGAAACUGUUCGCAGCGCCUGUCCCUGCUGCUAUUUUCUAUGGAUGACAUCACACUCGCUCACUCCAGUUCUCAAAUACAGUCAAUGUUUAACCCUGGAGAUGUCACAGGCCGACACACUCUUUGACUGGUUGCAUAACGGAACUCUUCAAUUGUUACACAAUCAAUGUGAAUCAGCUGAUUCUAACAUGCAGUACUUUGCUAACGUGAGGUAACGGAUCAACGCCGCUUUUCUCUACGACAGUAUCACCUGAUUUAUGUAAAUAGCGUGAACACCUCAAUACUGUAAAGUGUUGCAUGUCAGCACAGAAUUGAUUUUUUUCUGCUGGAAUUCUGUUAAUUGCAUAAACGGUUGAAGAGUUACGGUAGUUGGAAGAACUUAAACGCUGGAGCUAAAGGAUAAAGACUCAUUAGCUGGAUAGAUCAGAGUGUGUAAAAUAUGUUCUCUGCAUUUGACCCGUCUCCUGGGGGAGCGGGGAGGUGCACGCCAAGGAAAUGUUUGGUAGUUUAACCCCCCAAUCCAAAGGUUUUUGGCUUUGGUAUGACUCAACUAUGGAUUUGAACCAGAAUUAGGCUGGACACUCCACCACUAGGCCACUCCAAUGAAGUUGUUGGAGAACCAUCGCUCCCUAUCAUCUCAGUGUCUUAAUAUCUCCUGGGGUGGAUGAGGACCUCCGGUCACUUCCUGCGUCCGUCUCUCCUCCUGAAACCCGCCGGUUGCUGAGCGACCUCAUUCUCAUGCACGGGAUGCAGCGGCGGCGGCGCCCGCUCCCCCCCCGUCCCGCUGCAUGUUUCAUUUAGGAGAUGUUUGAUUGCUUUAUUUGAGAACAAAGUGAUCCCAUUAUGUUUGCUUAAUAAGAGUGCACUAAUGUAAUCUUUUUUUUUAACGCUGGUAAUUUCCAUACAUAUUGGGAUUAGUAGUUCAUUAGGAGGCAGCCUGGCAGCCGGUGGGUUCCUUAAUGAAGAGCCGAUCAGGACGGAGAGCUCCAGCAGAAGGAGGAACCAGGAGAUGUUGCUAAAAUAAUCAGAUACUAAUCGGAGGGAAUUAAAAGGUGACGGAAACGGAGAUGGGCUUUUGUCCUCUGAUGGUGGGAUCUCGCCAUCGUGACAUUAGAUUUCUUCUAGCCUUUACUGAGGUUCUCUGAUACUGCCAAACAAAAGUCCUCGUUAGAAUGAAAAUGUAAACCACCAAACUCAAAAUUUAUGGAUCACUUGUAAUACAACUAUCAGAACUCACUAGUAUCUUUAUAGUUCAGAGUAUGUCCUUCAGAAAAAUAUCUUUAUUUUUGUUCAGCUUGUACUAAUAAAUACACUGAAAACUUUAAA